AGAGCUCUCCUCUCUCUCUCUCUGUGCGUGCUCAGCAGAGAUCUCCUCUCUCUCACUCCUGCAGCGUAUUACAGCUUUGGUUUAAGUGGACACCGCUCCGCUCCUCGCCCACUGCCUCUGCAUGACUGUUACAAAGAUGUCAUGGCGUCCGACAUACCGAAGCUCCAAGUCAAACGUCUACGGCAAAGUGGCCAACCGGGAGCACUGCUUUGACGGCAUUCCCAUCACCAAGAACGUCCAUGACAACCACUUCUGUGCCGUCAAUGCCAAGUUCCUGGCCAUCGUCACGGAGAGUGCCGGUGGAGGGUCCUUUAUCGUUAUCCCUGUUUCCCAGGCGGGCCGUAUCGACCCCCACCACCCCAAAGUGUGUGGCCACCAAGGCAAUGUCCUGGACAUCAAAUGGAAUCCCUUCUUUGAAAACAUCAUAGCUUCCUGCUCUGAAGAUUCCUCUGUACGAGUAUGGGAGAUCCCAGAGGGAGGGCUGAGGCGGAAUAUGACAGAGGCCAUGAUGGAGCUGUAUGGACACAGCAGGCGUGUGGGCCUCAUCGAGUGGCACCCCACCAGCAGUGGAAUCCUCUUCAGUGCUGGCUAUGACUAUAAGAUCCUGAUCUGGAACCUGGAGAUAGGUGAGCCGGUGAAGAUGAUCGACUGUCACUCUGACGUCAUCGUGUGUAUGUCCUUCAACACGGACGGCAGCCUGCUGGCCACCAGCUGUAAAGACAAGAAGCUGCGUGUCAUCGAGCCGCGCUCCGGGAGAGUCUUACAGCACGCCAGCUGUAAGAACCACAGGGUGAACAGAGUGGUGUUUCUGGGCAACAUGAAGAGGCUGCUGACGACAGGUGUGUCCCGGUGGAACACCAGACAGAUUGCACUGUGGGAUCAGGAGGACCUGUCUAUGCCCAUGGUAGAAGAGGAGAUAGAUGGUCUCUCAGGGCUGCUGUUUCCUUUCUAUGAUGCAGACACACACAUGCUGUACCUGGCAGGAAAGGGCGAUGGCAACAUCCGUUACUAUGAGAUCACCACAGAGAAGCCAUACCUGCAGUAUCUCAUGGAGUUCCGCUCCCCUGCCCCACAGAAAGGCCUUGGUGUGAUGCCUAAGCAUGGGCUGGACGUAACGGCCUGCGAGGUGUUUCGCUUCUACAAGCUGGUGACGCUGAAGGGGCUGAUCGAGCCCAUCUCCAUGAUAGUACCAAGGAGGUCAGAGACGUACCAGGAGGACAUCUAUCCAAUGACGGCAGGGACCGAGCCUGCCCUCUCAGCCAAUGACUGGUUGAGUGGUAUCAACCGAGACCCAGUGUUAAUGUCCCUGAAGAAGGGCUACCAGAAGCCCAACCAGCUGGUGUUCAAGGCUCCGGUGAAGGAAAAGAAAGGUGUGGUGGUCAAUGGCAUUGACCUGCUGGAAAACGUGCCACCCAGGACAGAGAACGAGCUACUGAGGAUGUUCUUCAGGCAGCAGGAGGAGCUGAGAAAGCUGAAGGAGGAGCUGAACACCAAGGACGUUAAAAUACGCCAGCUGGAGCUGGAACUCAACAACCUGAGGAACGUCAGCCCCGUUGGAAACAAUGUCUGACCUCUGAUCUCUAGCUUACGGCACCACCAUCACCACCAUGCCACGUCCAGCGUCCUCCCUCCCUUUCAUCGUGUAUCAUUUGUACUUCCUGUUGCAAUUGAUAAUGUAAUAGCCACCGGAUAAUGUAAAUACUGAUUAUAACGUUUGUGUAACAAUUUUUGUUAUCGAUAAUGUCAUCAUAUUGACAUCACUGUUAAAUCCCUCAAUUGAUAACAUAAUAACCAACUGGUAAUAUAUUUUAUUGUUAUAAGAUUUUUUAAAAUUCUGUUGAUAGAUGUAUCCUGAUAUCCGGUUUGGUUUCAUUAUGAUUCGUUAUUACAUCAUCACUCGCAAUACACCCCUCCCCCCUAUUGCAGAGCACCAUCAGUGUAUCCCAGGGGUCCUCACAAACCACCUGCCAUGUCAUGCCAUGCCCCUCUGAGUCCACCUGGCAAAGCCUUUGUCAUCACCCAGAAAUGCCACCCCCAAAUCCUCCAACCUCCACCCUGCCAUCGCCAGAGACUAACCUGGGGAAAGAGAUUGACUUCCCCCUUCUCCACCAAUCCUCCCCCAUGGUCUACCCACUGCAAACCAACUCACAGCAAAGCUGAACAUCUCAACCUCCACCCUGCUAUCGCCAGAGACUAACCUGGGGAAAGAGAUUGAAUUCCCCCUUCUCCACCAAUCCUCCCCAUGGUCUACCCACUGCAAACCAACUCACAGCAAAGCUGAACAUCUCAACCUCCACCCUGCUAUCGCCAGAGACUAACCUGGGGAAAGAGAUUGACUUCCCCUUCUCCACCAAUCCUCCCCCAUGGUCUACCCACUGCAAACCAACUCACAGCAAAGCUGAACAUCUCAACCUCCACCCUGCUAUCGCCAGAGACUAACCUGGGGAAAGAGAUUGAAUUCCCCCUUCUCCACCAAUCCUCCCCCAUGGUCUACCCACUGCAAACCAACUCACAGCAAAGCUGCAACAUCUCAACCUCCCAGUGGAAGAGUCUUCUACUAGUUCCAACUACUGUGGAUGAUGUGUUUUACAGGGACAUGAAUGAAGAUUAGUUUUACAGGGACAUGAAUGAAGAUGAGUUUUACAGGGACAUGAAUGAGGAUGAUGAGUUUUACAGGGACAUGAAUGAGGUGUAUUUCAAGACAGUUUUUUUUCUUCAUCUCCUAAGAAUGUGUUGUCUGUAAAAAGCUGCAGCUCUGGCUCAGCCUGGCAUACAGCAACCCAGAUGUAGUCUUAAUGGGCAGUUUGUCUGUCGCCUCAGUCAUUAUCUUUAGGAGAAGUUUUGUUAGAAAAUGUAUUAUUGUUACUAUUUAUUUGUUAUAUUUGAUGUUUCUAGCUAACUCUUUAUGCAGAAACAUUCAUCUCAUGUUUUUGGGAGAAAUCGUGGUCAUGAAAAUGAUGGCUGACACACUUGUGGUUGAAUUAUGUUUUCACCCAAAUGGUGGCAAUUUGUCUGAGACCGUAUACUCAAACACAUCCUGUAUUCUCUUGAUUGAAUCGACACCAUACCAAAAUCUGGUCAAUUGGAAUAUUAGUCAACAUGAAAUUAGGUUAUGUACGUAACAGUACAUCAAACCUGAAAUAUUAAUACAAUAUUUGUCUUUAUACCUUUCAGCUAUGAAUAUUCUAUUUCAGAAAGUGACCAACAUUGUUCAUCUGUGGUGUUCCACAUGAUCCAUUCCUCUCAAGUUAAGACACUGAUAUUUCCUGUAGUUCAGGUUACCUAUACUAUACCUCUAGAGAGGAAUCAUUAUAUGUACCAUUGUCAUAAUAUUAUCAUAAUCGGUAACAUACUCUGCAGGGGUUGACUGACUAAAUGAAUGAAACAGCGAUAUUACUUA